AUGCAAGGAUUUUCAAGUCGACUGUCUCUGGAGAACAACGGAGUGGAGAACUUGGUCAGUGUUAUUGUAGACCUCUUUGGAGCCGGAACAGUAACCACAGCCACUAUCAUACUUUGGACACUGGUCUAUUUACUGCAUAACCCGGAUGUACAGGAAAAGUGUUUUCAGGAGAUCAAAGAAAACAUUGGCCAGAGCAGAUUGCCCUCCAUGAAAGACAAGAUCAACGUGCCCUACGUGGAGGCAACCAUUAUGGAAGUGUUGAGACGAGCUGAUAUCGUCCCCACAUCACUCCCUCAUACAGUUCCCCACGAUGUCCAGUUCAGGGGAUACACGUUCCCCAAAGGUGUCCCAGUCAUAGUGAUGCUUGAUUCAGUCCUACAAGACCCGGAUGUUUGGGGUGACCCAGACAACUUCCGGCCUGACCGUUUCCUUGACGACACUGGCAAGAUUGUAAAGAAAGAAGAGUUCAUUCCGUUCUCUCUAGGUCGAAGGGUUUGUCUGGGUGAGUCGAUGGCCCGGAUGGAGUUGUUCCUCUUCCUGACCACCAUGAUCCAGAGGUUCAAGUUCGUACCAGUGGAUGGCCAGAUGCCUUCCUUGGAUGCAAUCAUAGGCUUAACGUAUUCUCCAAAACCAUUCCUCGUGAAAGCCAUUCCUAGGAUGUAAUCGUUUUAAGUUAAUGAGAGAGAAGGAUGAGAGAGAGAGAGAUUAAGAUAAGAGA